CCACCACUGGAAAGGAGGCAGCUGGGCUUUGUGGUUAGGCAUGUUAACAGUACAACAUGGUGGCAUGAGCAUCUUUCUGAAGAGAAUGUCCAGUUCCUCAAGAAGAUAACUGCAGAGGAAUACAAAGCUCAGACAGCCAGCAAGCUGUGCCCUCUGAAAGAUGAGCCGUGGCCACUGAAUGAGUGGAAACCAGAUUCCAUCAGAGUUGGUGUUGUUGCAGUAAAACUGGGAAUGAUGCCAAUAUGGACCAAGUCAGGAAAAAAACAUGCUGUCACACUACUUAAGGUGCAAGAUUGCCAUGUUUUAAGAUACAUUUCAAAGGAAGAGUCGGGUGGAAAAACAUCUAAGCUACUUGUUGGAGGCAAAAACGCAUCUCCUUUUUUUAAAUCAGAGUCUGCUAUGAAAAUUUUUAAAGAAGCUGGAGUACCACGGAAGCAGAAAGUUGCAACAUUUAAUGUAACUGAUGAUGCCCUAAUCAAACCAGGUACUCCUUUGUACGCUGCUCACUUCCGCCCAGGGCAGUUCGUGGACGUUACUGCAAAAACAAUUGGUAAAGGAUUUCAAGGUGUAAUGAAGAGGUGGGGAUUUAAAGGUCAGCCUGCGAGCCACGGCCAGACGAAAACUCACAGACGUCCUGGAGCAAUAUCUACCAAUAAAGCUGCCAAAGUUUAUCGUGGAAAGAAAAUGCCUGGUAAAAUGGGUAACAUCUAUAGGACAUCUUUUGGAUUAAAGGUGUGGAGGAUCAACACAAAACAUGACAUUAUUUAUGUAAAUGGGUCUGUUCCAGGUCACACAAAUUGUCUGGUGAAGGUCAGAGAUAGCAAAUUGCCUACUUACAAGGACUGCAAUAAAAACCCUCCGUUCCCUACGUUUUUUGCUGAUGGAGAUGAAAAACUACCAGAAGACCUGUAUGAUAAGGAGAUUUUCCAGUUCACAGAUCCAUCUGUCACAUAUGCAUAAUGUUCUUCACGUCUUUGAAAACACAGUUUUGUUAUUUUCGUGAACUUUGCAGUGCUGUAUUAAAGUAAACCUAUGGUUUGUGGUCUGACCAACUGACUUGAACACUUCAGAUAUUGCCAUUUUGGUCAGGUAAUAAGAUUUACCACUGUAAAUUUCAAACCUGUAUUUAAAGCAGCAGGUGAGUCUGAGGGGCAGGUUAUAAAGCACACGAAAGAGUUUGUCUUCAGUGACCUUUUGCCCUCUGUCUCAGGCUGUGAAAACUUAACCGUUUCUGAAAAACUGUUGUUUUGAAGGUGGUUCCAUUUAAUUUCCUGAAUGCUACCAAACUCUCUUUCUCUUUUGUGGAAAGUAUUCUGGCCAACUCUGAUCGAUCGAAAAAACCUUCCAAAUCUGCCUUGGCAUCUGGGGGGAUCCGUGAAGAAUAAUCCAAAAUAAAACAAGAAAAUGCAUUGCUCUGUAGCAACAUGAGCUUGUUUUGUUUCCUUCUUUUCACCAGAGCUCUUUCUCUCCUUUCACUUUAAUAUUGAGUUUAACGUAGCAGGUACCCAACCAAUUUUCUAGAGGAAAGAUGAUGCCAACCACUGCCUGUCUCUUCAGAGUUCUGGCAGUGUGUAUGGUGAGGGGGUGUUCAGAUGGGGUAUGUUCAGUAACAAAGCAGCAUAAAGACUGCAGUGGGCGCCUGUUUGUUGCCUUCGCUGACAGCUUGUUGUGAACUUCAUAGCGGAUCCCUUGCAUGCUCUCUGGAGAAAUAUCUCCACAUCUGCAGUUGUCUCUGUAUUGGAUUCUUAUGCUGUUACAGAAGAGCUAUUACAAAGAAAACAGGCCAAAUGUGAAGGCCUUUAUGAUAAUGCUCAUUUUUCUUUUACCCCACCUUUCAAUAAUAGCUGGAAUCAAUACGCUCCCUUUAUUUUCCAUCUUACGUGAUUUACUAUUUAUAAGUCUGAUCUUUUGAACACUGUAAAUCUUCUGAUGUACAGAAGCAAGUACCUGGAUAACUCUGUGUGCCAUCUGACUGCUUGCUUACAAGCCCUGCUGUAGUUCAAGCAUUUGCAUAUACUAAGCUACCGUUAAUACAGUGGUGGUGCUAUCUACUCGUCUUUGCAGCUUCAUCACAAGACAUCAAAUAUCUAAAGUAAAUAUGAGAUUUUGAAAGACCUUACUAAUACUAUCCAAUUUAAAAGGUCAUGUCCUUGUCAUUAUGGUGUCUCUCAGUUACUGAAGAUGUUUUGAAUUUUUUUGUAAUAGCUUGAAGAAACCACAUGCCAUCUUAAAGAGGCUGUAUAUAGCUACUGGCCUGUAGUAGACUGGGAGGGAUCAUUAGAGAUGGAAAUGUGAACUGGUAAGUAUAUACAUUGUUGGGUAUCCUCUUAGCUGGAUUCCAUCGAAUGAAAAAUGCCAUUCAAAUGAGUGCAUCAGAAUGCUGCAUAACAGCACCGCCUUCAUGCUUUCCCUUCUCUUUAUUAACACGGGCUCUGCAAGUGCAGACAUCAGGCACACAGCAGAUGUGAUGCAAAAAGCCCAUGCAGGCAGCAAAUACCCAGUGGGGUGUCAUGUUCUGGCCAUGAUACUAGUAAUGAGUGCAACCUGUCACCUGUUCCAGAUAGUUGCCGUUUCCUGGGGAGGCAUUUGGUGUUCAAUCUCCUGGUUACAAACCAGAUUUUAAAAGUUACAGCAUUUCAAGUUUACUUGCUAUUGAACACAUGUAAAUCAGGGUGUGUCCAGAUGUGUAGCCUGAUGUUCUGCUCUGGUUUAUGGGAUAAUUCUGGCACACAUAUGCUUUCCGUGAGGAGCCUUGUUGUUAUUUAUAUUUUUUUUACUUAAUCAAUAACAAUCCUGGACUAUCACUGAGAUGACCACACAGAGAGAUGCUUUCUCCUACUUGGUUUCUCAGCCAGAACUUCCAGGGCUGUGGGAUCCUCUCCUGUAAAUUGUUCUAGUUUGGGUUUGCUUUCAGCGUAUGCCUUGGGAAGUACCAAGAAUCAAAUGUGAGUUCAAAGGGAGCCACAGGUUUAGAAAAGUAAAUUAAGAUUAACUCUUAUCAAUUGAGAUUUCAGCUUGAGGGGAAGAUCGACAACCUACUUCAAUUCCUGUUUCUGAAUCCCGUAGGACAACAUCCUACCCAAUAUUGCAGUCUGGUUUGCUGUCUGAGGAGGUAAUUGUUGGCAAGCUCUGCUUCCACUGCCAUAACUUGUGAAGCAGCUGGGAUCUGCCAUGAAUUGCGCACCUGUUCCAGCACAGAGAAAGAACAAAGUCUUGAUCUCCUCUGGGAGUAUAACGCUUGGAAGUCAUGCACGCUCUCCUCGGCCCCUUCUGUGUCCUUGGGCUGGUAAAGGGCCUGUGCUUUCCCUUGCACGUACAGUUUUGCUUUGCGAUGCUUGAAAAUCAUAAGAGGGUCCAGCAAAAAGCAUGAAUGCUUUUAAAAUCAUCAGUGCAAGUAGGUUUACUGUGUCCUCUACUUUAUCACCAUCUUAGCAGGAAACCUGUCAUGCAGCUUU